CGAGGGGCCGCGGCGGGCGCGCGCGGGCGGGGAGGCGGCGGCGGGCGCGGCGGCCGGAGGAGCCCGGCGGGCGGGCGGGGGAGGGAGAGAAAGGCCGAGACGGAGCGGCGAGCGGCGGCGGCCGAGGGGCUGGUCCAGGCGCGGCCGCUAAGAGGAGACCAAGAGGCGGGGGCUGCACUUGACAACCAGCAUGCGGAGAUGUCAGAAGAGGCAGAAGUGGAUGUGAGAGAAAGAGAGACACAGAGAGACAGAGAGCCAAAGAGGGCAAGAGACUUGACUUUAAGAGGCUCCUGUACUGACAACUCCAUGCAGUUCGGAACCAGAACGACUGCGGCUGAACCAGGGUUCAUGGGGACAUGGCAAAACGCUGAUACUAACCUUUUAUUCAGAAUGUCCCAACAGGUUCCAGUGGCAUGUGCUGGCAGAGUGCUGGGUGCAGACUUCUGCCCAAGCCUGGAGGAGCCAGACCAGAGGCUGGAAGUCCAGGCCAUCCGAUGCACACUGGUAAACUGCACGUGCGAAUGUUUUCAGCCGGGGAAGAUUAACCUGCGGACUUGCGACCAGUGCAAACAUGGCUGGGUGGCACAUGCCUUGGAUAAGCUCAGCACCCAGCACCUGUACCACCCCACGCAAGUGGAGAUCGUGCAGUCCAACGUGGUGUUCGACAUCAGCAGCCUGAUGCUCUACGGGACACAGGCGGUGCCCGUGCGGCUAAAGAUCCUGCUGGACCGGCUCUUCAGUGUCCUGAAGCAGGAGGAGGUGCUACACAUCCUGCACGGCCUGGGCUGGACGCUGCGGGACUACGUCCGGGGGUACAUCCUUCAGGAUGCUGCCGGCAAGGUGCUGGACCGCUGGGCCAUCAUGUCUCGAGAAGAGGAAAUCAUCACCCUUCAGCAGUUUCUGCGGUUUGGAGAAACCAAAUCCAUCGUAGAGCUGAUGGCAAUUCAGGAGAAAGAAGGGCAGGCCGUGGCUGUCCCGUCUUCAAAGACAGACUCAGACAUUAGGACUUUCAUUGAGAGCAAUAAUCGCACCAGGAGUCCCAGCCUCCUUUCUCACCUAGAAAACAGCAACCCUUCCAGCAUCCAUCACUUCGAAAACAUCCCCAACAGCCUUGCGUUUCUGCUUCCAUUCCAGUACAUAAACCCAGUCUCGGCCCCGCUGCUAGGAUUGCCUCCAAACGGGCUCCUGUUAGAGCAACCAGGACUGAGGCUGCGGGAACCCAGCCUGUCAACCCAGAAUGAGUAUAACGAGAGCAGCGAGUCUGAAGUAUCCCCCACACCUUACAAGAACGAUCAGACUCCCAAUAGGAACGCCUUGACCAGCAUCACUAACGUGGAGCCCAAAACCGAGCCAACCUGCGUGUCCCCCAUUCAGAAUUCCGCCCCGGUCAGUGACUUGACCAAAACUGAACACCCGAAAAGCUCAUUCCGGAUCCACCGGAUGAGAAGGAUGGGGUCAGCCUCCAGGAAAGGAAGAGUGUUCUGUAACGCGUGUGGGAAGACGUUCUAUGAUAAAGGUACUCUCAAAAUCCAUUACAACGCUGUCCACCUGAAGAUCAAACACCGGUGCACCAUCGAAGGCUGCAACAUGGUCUUCAGCUCCCUCCGAAGCCGCAAUCGUCACAGUGCAAACCCUAACCCUCGCCUCCACAUGCCUAUGCUAAGAAAUAACCGAGACAAAGACUUAAUCCGGGCCACCUCGGGAGCUGCCACCCCCGUCAUAGCGAGUACGAAGUCAAAUCUCACACUCACCAGCCCCGGCCGGCCCCCGAUGGGUUUUACCACUCCCCCACUCGACCCCGUCUUACAGAACCCUCUCCCCAGCCAGCUGGUGUUUUCCGGGCUAAAGACUGUCCAGCCAGUCCCUCCAUUUUAUAGAAGUUUACUCACUCCAGGAGAAAUGGUGAGUCCUCCCACCUCCCUCCCGACCAGUCCCCUCAUCCCAACCAGCGGUGCCCUGGAGCCGCACCCCGUGCCACCCUCUGAGCCAGCAGCUCCGGUCGUGAUGAUGGCCACGCACGAGCCCGGUGCCGACCUGCCCCCCAAGAAGAAGCCCAGGAAGUCCAGCAUGCCCGUGAAGAUCGAGAAGGAGAUCAUCGACACCGCCGAUGAGUUUGAUGACGAAGACGAUGACCCCAAUGACCCCGGAGCCGUGGUCAAUGACGUGAGCCAUGACAAUCAUUGCCACUCCCAAGAGGAGAUGAGCCCAGGCAUGUCUGUGCAGGACUUUUCGAAGCACAGCAGGUCCCGGUGCAUUUCAAGGACUGAAAUCAGAAGGGCUGACAGCAUGACUUCGGAGGAUCAGGAGCCUGAGCGGGACUAUGAGAACGAGUCCGAGUCCUCCGAGCCCAAACUGGGCGAGGAGUCCAUGGAAGGGGAUGAGCACAUGCACAGCGAGGUAAGCGAGAAGGUCCUGAUGAGCAGCGAGAGGCCCGACGAGAACCACAGCGAGCCCUCCCACCAGGACCUCAUCAAGGUGAAGGAAGAGUUUGCAGACCCCACUUACGACAUGUUCUACAUGAGCCAGUACGGACUAUACAAUGGUGGGGGAGCCGGCAUGGCGGCCCUGCACGAGAGUUUUGCCUCCUCUCUGAAUUACGGCAGCCCCCAGAAGUUCUCCCCGGAAGGCGACCUGUGUUCCAGCCCAGACCCCAAAAUCUGUUACGUGUGCAAGAAGAGCUUCAAAAGCUCCUACAGCGUGAAGCUCCACUAUAGGAACGUUCACUUGAAAGAGAUGCACGUCUGCACGGUGGCUGGCUGCAACGCUGCCUUCCCCUCUCGCCGGAGCAGAGACAGAAACAGAAAUUUACGGAUGGAAAGAACCAUAGGUCCAGGACAUCGAGACAGCCUGCAUCUCCGUAGACACAGUGCCAACAUAAAUCUGCAUCGGAAACUGUUGACCAAAGAACUCGAUGACAUGGGCCUGGACUCCUCACAGCCCUCGCUCAGCAAGGACCUCCGGGAUGAGUUUUUGAUGAAGAUCUACGGAGCCCAGCACCCGCUGGGGCUGGACGUCCGGGAAGAGGCCUCGUCCCCCGCGGGCACCGAGGACUCGCACCUGAACGGGUACGGGCGCGGCAUGGCCGAGGACUACAUGGUCCUGGACCUGAGCACCACCUCCAGCCUGCAGUCCAGCAGCAGCAUCCACUCCUCCCGAGAGUCCGACGCGGGCAGCGACGAGGGCAUCCUCCUGGACGACCUUGACGGGGCGAGUGACAGCGGGGAGUCCGCGCACAAGGCCGAGGCGCCCACCCUGCCCGGCGGCCUCGGGGCCGACGUGCCGGGGUCCCUGAUGUUCAACAGCUUGUCCGGGAGCAACGGCGGGAUCAUGUGCAACAUCUGCCACAAGAUGUACAGCAACAAGGGGACCCUGCGCGUUCACUACAAGACCGUGCACCUGCGGGAGAUGCACAAGUGCAAGGUCCCCGGCUGCAACAUGAUGUUCUCCUCCGUGCGCAGCCGGAACCGGCACAGCCAGAACCCGAACCUCCACAAGAACAUCCCCUUCGUGUCGGUAGAUUAGUCUCGGGACGGACACCACCAAUGCCAGCUCUCACCAGACGGCCUACAUGUUUGAACUGCCAUAGUCAGUGUGUGCUUGUGUACUUAGUGUGUGUGUGUGUGUACACAUGGAUGUCUCUGCGCCUGUACACACACACACACACACACACACACACACACACCUUUUCUUUUCUUUAGAUAUAAAAAUGAUAACACUAAGUGCUUUUGAAUUUUUUUUUCCUUUAUAAUUCUGGAAAAGGAAGUUAUAUCAUUUGGGGGGUAGAAACUAAGUACCCUUUAAAGACACACACACACACACACGCACACACACACACACACACACACACAAAGCGUGCAAGUAGCCCACAUUUUGAUGGAACGAUAAUUCUUGGUCCUCUCCAAAGAGACAGUUUGUUGUACCCAUGACUGUUGCCUGCAAAAAAAGAAAAAAAGAAAAGAAAAGAAAAGAAAAGGGAUUAAAAAAAAAAAAAGGAACUUCUUAAUAGUUGUCUUUUGUGAACUUUAAGGUUUUGAGAGAAUCUUCAACUACAGCAUGGCAGAUUCACCUGUAAAUAUUUAGCCUCGGGAGGCUAAUGAUGUAAAACAAUUGUAUUGAUGUUGUUUAACUCUUUUUGUUUAAUUUUUACAGUUACAACCAGCUGUUAGAUAACGCAGGAAAAAAAUAGUUUGCUGGCUAGCUCUACUCAUUUAUGUUAGCAUUAAUGCACAUUUUUUUAAAAAAAAACAAACAAAAAACAUGGUCUUGUUUUUACUACCUGCUAGAUAUAGUGAUAAAGAGGUGCUGGCAUGCUUUACAGCACAAAUCUGAUUUUUUAAACGUCCUGUACUAGUACAUAAACCCCAUCAUGCACUUUUUUCAUACACUACAAGGGGAUGUGUAAUAUCCAUGCUUCUUUUUUACCCUUAAACUAUUGCCAUACUUUACAUAAGUGUCUUUUUUUUUUUUUUUAACGAAAAAAGAAAAUUUCACUUGCAUAAGAAUGGUCUGGUCAGUAUAGGGCACAAAUGCCAAACAAAAGUAUUAAUGUUAACACAAAACUGCCAACUUUGCACAAGUUUCCAGAAAAGAAAAUACAAUUAGUCACUCAACAUAACCACAGGCCAAUUUGUCGGCCACCAGAAAACCGCUCUAAAAAAAAACAAAAAAAAAACACUUGGUGAUUCUUUCAAGUGCCGAAUGUUAUUAGAAUCAACAUUGCAUCCUUCUUGCUUAUAUGUUAAGUUACAUAAAAGGAAAACAAAAUUAUGUGGUGUGAAACAGCCAAGGCAUUUAUUCUUUAGAGGCAGGAUAAUAUUUCAGGAUACAAAAGCCCAAAUUACUCACUAUGGAACAAAGCUGCAUACAGUAGGCGAGUUGAGCAUACAUUUCCAAGGACCUAACCCGUAUCCUUUAAAAAGAAAGAGAGAGUCGGAGCUGGGCUGGGCUGUUGUAUGGCUGGCUGAUUUGUCGCAAGUUCUUCAGUACUGCUGUGAUUCAGGCUCCUUUGAUAGGCAAAAUCAAAAGGCAUUGAACAGCAGCCGCACUCGGAAGCUUUGAAAACAUGUGCUGAACUUGAAUUGAGCAACACUCCCUUCUGAAAAGCCAGAGAACGGGGGUUUAACACGAGAUCUCUCACUGGUUAGUGUUUUGUGUUUCCCUGCGCGAUUUGUCACAGAGAAAUGAAAACAAGCCUAAAACCAAGCAGUUGAGAGUGAGAAAGACGGGGUGGGGGGGAGGUGGAGGGGAGAUGAUUCUCCAAACCUGUUUUGUUUUGUUCUGUUUUGUUUUGUUUCUGAUGUUUACACAUGUUGCCUGAGCUGGUUAACCACAUCGGCAGCCUCGGCUACCACAACAUACUGACUAAAUGAUGAUAUUUACUCAAGUUCAGUCUGCAGCCAAAGCCAUUAGGGUGUGCAUUGCAGACUGUGUUUUGUUGUCUUUUUUUUUUUUUUUUUUCUUAAGUGAAGGGGUGGGGGAAGAUAAACAGGGAAUAGUUUGUCAAACAGUACACAGUAAUUUCAAGAGAAUGUAUUUCUUUUCUGCAUUUAAUGGCCUCAAACAUUUCUCAUCAAUCUAAAUGUUAGAAAUACCUACCCCUUUGUUUUAACUUUGCAUUUCAUUUCCAUUUUUCAUAUGUUUUGUAAUUAUUUUUUCUAUGUUCACCAUCAGCAUUCACUUCCGUUAAAUUUGCCAAAGGAAACUGUUGAUAUGUUUCUGUUGUUAUUAUUCCUAUAGGAUUUAUUGUACCUCACAGUAUUUAUUGUUUCCAAAAAAAAAAAAAUAAGCAUCAUUAGUUGUGGAUACAGUAUUUUUAUUUGUGAAAAGUUCAGAAACAAUAGCUUCUUAGAGAUAAGCUAGACUUGUCUGCGAGCUUUAUCUUUUCAUCUCCUUCCCAGGAUGCCAUGGGGUUCAUUUAGUUCUUCAUUUGUUCCGCAGCGAGGAAAGACCAAAAUUAUUUGCAGUACAAAAGAAAUCUUACUAAACACUAUGUCUCUUAAAUGACAAAUGUUUACGGUAAAAAGCUGAGGAAUUAGUAAUAACUGUUGUUGUUUUCUUGUAUCUUUGGAUUCCCCAAAAUCCUAAUGGCUUUAUUUUGGUGUUGUGUUAAAUGGAAUAGACGGAGAUGUUUCCUUUUGUUUUAUACCAUAUUAGACUCUGUACAGUAUGUUUGUGAAAGAUUGAACUAGAAUAAUGAAAGUUUGUUUGCAAACAUGUUGGUCCUCUUAGCGUUCUCUGUGUUGCGCUGUUGACCCAUUUGACCAAGUGAUUCCGUUCAAAAGGAUGGGGGGGGGGGGUGUUUUUAGCAUCACAACAGGAGCUCACAGAAACACUAGCUUAUUUUGGAGUGUGUGUAGGCAGAAUUAUACCCCGUUUUAUGCAAAUAACACAUUUUAUUUCAGCGAUUUUUUUUAAAGGUACACUCUUGGUUGAGCUGUUUGAACUCAUCCUGUUGUACAGAAUCAAUGUUUAGUCUGUUUAAUUUAAUGUCAACGGAAAGGUCAGAUAGCCCUAAUGAGUGAAUUACAGAGCUGCCAGCAAAUGAACCAGGCUUAGAACUAAUGUGUGUUCCUUGCCACAAUCGGACUAAGGUGAAUAGCCAGGUAGAACAAGUCUAGAUGCAGCAAGAUUCCCAAAGUAGGAAUUCCCUUGCUCGGGAACAUGAAAGAGCUCCACGACAUUUUGUCAGAGAUAUGGCAAUGAAUUCUGGAGAACUCACCCUGCUUAAAUAUCUUCCCAAAUUGCUACUGCUUUUGUGCCUCCAAUGCCCAUAUGGAAUGGUGGCCUUCUAAAUGGGUGAAUCACAUUUUCCAAUGCAAAGCCGAUUUGCCUAAAAGGGACAGGGGGAGUGGACAGAAGUGGUACAUAAAUAACAGGUACAAUCAUGAAACAUACUGUUUAGUCCUGAAGUGUUGCUUGUUUAGGGUGUGUGCCUGCGUGCAAUGUUUUAACUCACCUAUAAGUCUAGGUAAGAGGUGAUCCCAAGGCUUUUUUGCAAGCAGAAAGGAUAGAGAGAUCAGCAUAUUAAUCAUUGAGCCCUUCAUCUUUGCCCAUUCCUACUCAUUUGCUUUUUCACAGGAGAUUCCUGCUGUGCAAUGAUUUCUCUCUAGCUGCAUCCAUUCUGUGCUGGCUGAAAAUGAAUAGUGACGCUGGUUUUCAUCCAAGCGGCCUUUCCCCGUUUGAUUGGUUUUAACCAGACUUUUGUCACAGGUACAAAAUUAGGAAGUAUUAUGAAUGUGCAUGUUCAGUAGGCGAUGCUUAAAUUCCUAUUCUGAUUGUUUUAAACUACACUUUUGUAAAUACCAGAAACGCUUAUUCUACUUUAGGGACUAUCUGCAUGCUGUGGAGGGGGAUGACAAAGAGCAGGAAAAGGGAUAGGCAAUAAGUAAUUUGGUUUUUAAAACGUGAUAAAAAGUUUGACACACUGUUCUGCCAUCAAUUGUAUUGAAAUAAUUCAACCCAAUGUAAUGCAUUUCAGGUCGUAGUCCAGCCACCCCGUUCAUCCUGACACCUUUUACAGGUUUACAGGUGUUAAUAUUUUCCUUCUGGCUAUGAUAAACAUCUGUUUUUGAAAACAUUUUUAAUACAAGGGUGCCACUGACUUUGUAGUAUAUGAUUCCUUUGAUUGUGAAUUUCCAGGCCCUUUCCGUAAGAGGCCAAUGGCACUUAACUAGUUAACAGCCCUGUUAGUGUGUACAUUGCUCUUUAAAAAAAAAAAAAAGAAAGAAAGAAAGACUAUACCAAGAAUUGGCUGUUCCAGAGGCAUUCUCCUCAUUUUACUCAGGAGAAACCAUGCAUUAGGUUCUCACCAAAUAAAAUAAAUGUGACCUUUUGUUCCCCAUCCUCUCUGUACACACCCCAGAUGUGUGCCAAGCAAAUGAGAAGGGGAGCCCUUGGCAAUUAGAACAUAAAGAAGCCGGUAACCAGAUUGAGACGGACGUGCUGCUAACUGCUAACAGUUGACCUGAGCAGUCCUAACUUGUACGUAGACUGUUAGUGUUGAGUUAGAUUGACUAACAGAGUAAAUAAAAUUCAACUGUAAUAAGACACGCUACAUCUGCUCUCGUAAAGAAAGAAAUCACCCAGAAAAACCUUACAUUCUUUCUAUCAACACACUCCUUUUCUCAAGAACUCCCUUUUUAAAAUUCCGACUAACAAAUUUCAUUUUAAAAAAAUAAUAAUAACACAUAUUCCCCCGAACUCAGAAUAUUUAUUAAAGGAUUUUGUUUUUUUCCUUCUCAAUUCUUUGUGUUACUUUUUUUUUUUUUUUUAAUGGGGAGAGUCUCCACAAGUAAGGAGGACAAGAAAAGGCAGGUGCCACGGAGACUGGAAGAAAACUAGAGGCCCAGUGAGUGAGACACACUGAGGAGGGGAGGCGCCCACCCUGCUUGAGGGGAGCUGAAAAAGAAACAGUAAAUGCACUGAAAGUGUGUGUGCAAGUGUGGUGCAAUCUGCCUCGCAGUGGCUGGGGUUGUGCUGAUGCUGCGCCCUGCCUGGGACAGCUCAAGGUCCUUAGGGCCAUGAGAGCCAACAAGGCAAUCAUGCAGGUUUUUUUUUCUUCUUCUUUUUUUUUUUUUUUUUUAAUGUGAAGUGAUGCGAGAGUCCCUUAGGAAGCAAAAGGAUGCUAUGGGUCCACCUAGGUCAGUGGUCAGCAAACUGUGGCUUGAGUGUGGCUCUUCCACAAAAUACCACGUGCGGGCGCACACGUACAGUGUGAUUGAAACUUUGUGGCCCAUGUGCAAAAGUCAGUUUUCAGCUCUCAAAAGCAAUUUCAGUGGUUGUACCAUUGAUAUUUGGCUCUGUUGACUAAUGAGUUUGCCAACCACUGACCUAGGUUAUAGUAAUGGCCGGUGGUCAAGCCUUGCGCUGGCUGUGAUGAGAAGAAGUGAGUGGUAGCCAGCGGGAUCUGUUCUUUUCCAUCGCUGCUUUUGCUCGCCCCCAUAGCUAUGAUUGUAUUGCUACUUGGCUAAAGUUCUCUUGAUCAAAAUGUGAGCUCAUUUACCUUCCUGCAAAACAUCCAGCUAGCUUCUCUGUCUUCACGUCAUCCGGCAAAGCUGAACUACAUGUUGUAGUCUUACUUGUGCUAAUAUUAAGGCCACAUCUGAUCCGUCCUAGAUUCAUUGUCAUAAUUCCUGUAGUUGGAGAGUGGCUCACCAUAAAUGCUCACUUUCCAUUAGAAUUGUAUAAAUCCAGCUAGAAGUGAGCAGCGCAUUCAUGUACCAUCGCUCUUGCCCAGACACCCAUCCAUCCCAGGGCUAUGUCAUCCUUCUCACAUCUUGCACAGAAUCACGUGGUCAUUCAGCAAUAGCUGGACAUCAGUACUGUCUUUUUGGCAUUUGUUGAAAAAUCCAAAUGCCUAAUAACAGGGAGUUACAAACGAGGCAUUUUUACAAGUACACUGAAUUGGAUCAGCGUUAUUGUUCAUUAUGAUGCUAUAUAUAUAUUUUGAAGCAACGUACUAUAGUUGUCAUAAAACUAUCUUUAUUCUUCUUCUCUAAAGCAUUGUUGUAAAUUCAUUUGACCUUUACGGGGGGAAAAAAUAUUUUCUAUACAGACUCUCCAGACAAGGUUCGGUUUGUAACAAAUAAUGGACCAUUACAAAGGAGGAAGGGGAAAGCCUUGGCUGAGCAGAGAGAAGCUUCGGUUCAAUUUCACCUCAUAUCUUUCUAAUAACUUACUUGUCACUUUAUUACCUUCCAGUAAUGUGAACGCUGCUGACAAGACUGUCACACUAACAGCAGACAACACCCUCUCCGCUCCAGCCCCAGCUCCCCUGGCUACUUACUGCCCUGGCCCUGAAGGGACACAAACUAAUAGUGUGCUUUCCAGUUCAGCACUUGGCCAUCAAAUAUAAAAGGAUGCGUAAUUGCCUGUUUAUCCCUUGUGAAGGGGAAAUUGAGUACAAGGGCUAGGCUUUCCCACUUAGUUCCCUGAGGUACACACUAUCAGUCUCUCUCUCUCUCACUCUCGCUCGCUCUCGCUCUCUCUCGCUCUCUCUUUCUUGCUCUCUCUCACCCACCCUCUCCGCCACCUCUCUCUCCCCUCCCACCACUUAGAUCCGUAGCACAAAACUGCAUCUUUGGUAAGCCCAGGGCUGCCUCUAGAUGCCCUCUCCAGCCAUCAUGACUUCUGAAAUAAAGGGCCAGUAGAGAGAUGCUGGCUAUGACAGCAUGCUUUGCAUCUUUGGAACUUGAAUAUUGCAACUGCACACCCAUCCAUUUGGGGAGAACUGGGCAUGGCCCUGUGAUUUCCCACAAGGGAAGCCUUACAAUAUAUUUCUUCCCCUUCAGAAAGUUCACAUUUUAAGCAAAUGGUUGUGCGUGGUGGUAAAGAAAAGCACUUGCUUUUUUAGCGUUGGCAUCCAAACAGUGUUUAACAUAUAUAGAUGUAUCUCUCAAUGAAAACCUCCAAACCCAUAGUGUGAUAGUGUGACAUGGCAGAUUAACCUUCAUUUUUUAAAAACUGGAUUGACAAUCUAAAAUAAAUAAAAGGCAUGGGGGUUUUAGUCUAAUCACUAAAACAGAGACUACCCUAUUCCUAAAAGUUAAAUUCCCCACUUUGGGAGAAUUUUUGCAAGUAUAAGUACAAUGAGCUUUACAAAAAUCAAGUGACAAGGGGACAAAAGGUACUGAGGAAAAACACAUGGAAAUGUUAUAUUCCAAAAUACCUUGAGCCCAAGUAACCUGUAGGCAUUGUAUUGGCUGCUACUUCUGCAUACUGAACUACACAGAGGAUGGUUGACACAUGGCUGAUUAGUGGCUAAAUUAAGUGCAAGGUGUAUUUGUGACCUUCGAUAUGGAGCUUGGGGACCCCACACUUCCUUCCAGCUCCCCCAUAGCCAGUCUGGCAGAUGCUGUUGACCCGGCUGCUACAGUCACAUUGCAAAUAUUUUUGUCAACCGAGUAAGACACAUGUAGGUGUCUUUGAUGUGAACUUAUGGCAAGAGAGAAACGAAGCAUAUUUAGAGGUAGACACCUUCACAGGUCUGAUUGGACCAACCUGUGCUGAGCAGGUUCAUGAACCAGUCUGGGCACUGGGAAGAAAGCACUUUGAGCAAGGAAUCUCAGUGUCAGAGAACAGUAAUUGGCCUGAGAUGUUUUUUAAGUUUCUCUAGGAUGUGUAUGUUAUAAUCGUUUCUCAAACACCGUAUUAGAAUCUUCCAUUAAAAAUCAGUUGCCAAAAUUGCACAGAUUCUGCUAAAUAGCAGCAUUGCUCCCUUUGAAUAACAGGGAUGCUUACGGACAUUUCUAAGUUUUUUAAUGCUUUUUUUUUAGCUUCUUUUUUUUCUUAAAGAACCCUUGAAGAGAAGGAAAAACCGAUAAAGGUAUUUUAACAGAAAUGGAGAGACAUAGAUAGUAUAAAAAUAUAUUUCUUGAAGAGAGUAUCUAAGUGCUAUACCAAGACUUUAUAAGGCUUCCUGUUGCCAAAUGUGAUGUUGAAAUAAUGCACAAGGAAGAUGGCAGAUGGCAAAUCAAUCCAUUAUUACCCAGCUCUGCCCACGUCUGUUAGGGAACUCUAGGAUUGAGGUGACUCGGGAGACCCUGGAGAUGUGAGAGGUCCAUUCAUCAUUUUCCAAAAAACAGGGUGGGGAAGGGUAGGGAGGCCUCUUGGUAGGCCCCUGCAUGGUGCCCUGACCUGGCCCUUGUUUCGGUGGGAGCCUGGCUGCCUGCCUUCCCCUUGGGGGGAGACAGAGCAUUCCUGCCCGCCAGAGAAUCGGUGCCACCGCCGCCGGGAGAAGCAUUGAUUCAUGAGGUGCAAUGCUCUUGAACUCCCAGACGAUGUGCUGAGUUCAUCAGUUCACUUAAGAUGUACACACCAAGGCUGAUUGUUUUUCCUUCGCCUGGUACUCCAUUUGGAGCAGUUUUGCAUGUCUUUGUACAGAGUAACCCAUUCCUCUCAUUGCCUAUCUUAAUCUCCCCUGACCUUUGCAUUAUCUUUCCGCUGCACCCUUUGCUCUUUUGAGCUCACCCACCCCCUUAAAAAAAAAAAUCUUUUCUGAAGCCGGAAGGUGGAACACGCCUUCAUCCCGAUGCUGAUUGCUUUGGAAACAUUUGUGUUCUACCCUGCCCAGGGUUUACAGAAGGCGAAUUAAGUUAAUAAGAUUAUAUAUUACCCAAUACGGAAGAGUUAUAAUAUAUGGUGCACUUGCUUUCCUGUGCAAACUUUGGUUCAGGGGCCCUGCAGAGAAACCAUAGCAUUUUCCUACCAAUGCCAGUGUGAAAAGUGCGGGAGAACUCCAAUGAGAGGAGGUAAGGGUCAAUGGGGGGGAGAAGGGAGACACCAGGAAGCUUCUGUCUGUGGUGUCUGGGCCUUUCCUCCGAGGUGGAAGGGAGCUGGAGCUGUGGGGAAGAAAGCUGUCUGUUUUCUCUGCUCAUCACGGGUGGGGGUCCUUUCAGAACUAGCGACCUCCCUCACCCAGGUGGGAGGACACUCACCUUUCUUCCCGCCCCACCCGCACUGGCCUGUCUCCGUGACAGAAACAUUUGAUCCAGCCUGCACAUUGGACAGCAGAGGUGGCCAAAGGGAACGGAAAUAUCUUGAGGAAAAAGGAGUUUUCACCAAGAUAUGUCUCCUCCCUCCCCCAGAGUUUGGGGGUUUCUGCUUUUUUUUGUUUUUGUGUCAUGCUCAUCUGCAUCAGACCGGUCUCACCUGCUAAGCUUGUGGGGGCACCAGAGUCUGCACCAUGAGAGGUGGCGGCACCGAGGGAUGGGGACCGCUCAUUUCCCUGGUCGCAUCGUCAUGACGUCGGUAGCAUCAUAAAUACUGUCUGUACCUUGAACAAGGGUUUUUGUUUUGUUUUUGUUUUUUUAUCAGUAGUCUAAGGGAAUUAAAAGUUUUUAUUUGCUACUUCCUUUGUUGUAUUUUCUGUACUAUAACUGUCUACGGUAUGUCUUUUGCAUAAAAUGCAUAAGGGUUUGGGGAUGUAAAUGGAAUUUUAUUCAUAUUUUGUCCAAAUACCUCUUGUAAUUUGUAUCAAAAUUCUUGUACAAUUUUUAUAUUAAAGAUUUAUCAGUCACU